GUAUUUAUUUUUUCUCCUGACAGCGACUCCACAAAUUCAUUCGAGGAGUUCGAACAAAUGUGGUUGAAGAUGAGUGAAGAGUUGGAAAUGGAAGGCCUGCCAAAGCGACCUGAGAGCCAGCACAACUGCGGCACCUCAGCCAGUUACAUGUACUCGCCGGCCAUGGAUUCAAACUGGCGGUUAGCAACCGUGAUUGACGAGGAACCUUUGGACAGUUUCGAAAACUGUGAGAAUUCCAUCCUUACUACUUUCCGACGAAAAAAUCCUGAGAAAUAUAAUUUGUUGGAAAAGAGGUUGAGGGAGCCGUUAGCAGAACAAUUUAAAUUACUCCGAGAUUUGAGCGACCGCGUUUCAAAGGACUUGGAACAAAUUAACAUUAUUGCUAAUUAUUUGGAGGACCAGUUGGCUCCCGUGACACCAAAGAAAAAGAGAGUGAAAUUCACAACUUGUGAUAUUGACAUUAACAAUAACGUCAAUACCAUACUAUGAAUUGUGUAAAACUGUAAAUAUCCAUUGAGAUUUGUUUGAUAUUUUAUAUACUGAUUGACAAUUUCUUAUUGUUAAUCAG